AUGAAGGCGUGUGUAGUUCUUGCUUUGUUCCUGGUGGUAGCCCUCGCUGCAGUCGCUCAGAGCAAUGAAGCAAAGGCAGAGGUGCCUCAAAUUCACAACUUGCUAAAGCGGCAAAUUAGACCGAUUAUCCCGCAGUUACCUCGAUGCGCGUUAUGGGAGUGUAAUUCAAACUGCAUACGACGUGGCUUUAGAGGCGGAUACUGUGCUUUUACUGGGUGUCAAUGCUAC